UGCUCGAGCGCGCGCGAGACCGUGCGCAUGAAUGAAUGACAAAAGAUGGAAAAACUACUGAGUCAGGUGGUGUGUGCGUGCCUGUUGCUGAACGGACAAGUCUCUCCGGCAGAGUUAACCUGCGAGGCGCUGAUCCUGCUGUCCACCAACCUGACAGCGAGGACGUUGGCAUUACUCAACCAGACGUUCACCAUCAGCAACACCUCAGGUUUAUACUGUGAUCUGUCUGUGGACGGUAUAGGAACCUGUUGGCCUCGCAGUGCAGCAGGAGAACUGAUCUCCAGACCCUGUCCUGAACAGUUUAAUGGCAUCCAUUACAAUACCACCAACCGGGUGUACAGAGAGUGCCAGUCUAACGGCAGCUGGGCUCCUCGAGGAAACUACAGUCAGUGCACCGAGAUCAUCGUCCUGAGGAAGAGUAAAGUGCAUUACCAGGUUGCUGUGAUCAUCAACUACCUGGGUCACUGUAUCUCUCUGGGAGCUCUGCUGCUCGCCUUCAUACUCUUCAUGAGACUAAGGAGUAUUCGCUGUCUGAGGAACAUCAUCCACUGGAAUCUGAUUUCAGCAUUCAUCUUGAGGAACGCCACCUGGUUCAUCGUCCAGUUAACGAUGACCUCUGCUGUUACCGAGAGCAACCAGGUGUGGUGCAGGUUGGUGACAGCAGGUUAUAAUUAUUUCCAUGUGACAAACUUCUUCUGGAUGUUUGGUGAAGGCUGCUACCUCCACACGGCCGUCGUUCUCACCUACUCUACCGACAAACUCAGGAAGUGGAUGUUCAUCUGCAUCGGCUGGGGUAUUCCAUUUCCUAUCAUAGUGGCCUGGGCUUUUGGGAAGCUUUACUACGACAAUGAGAAGUGCUGGUUUGGGAAGAGGGCAGGCGUUUAUACAGACUACAUCUACCAAGGCCCCAUGAUCCUGGUCCUGUUGAUUAACUUUGUCUUCCUGUUUAACAUCGUUCGGAUUUUGAUGACCAAACUGAGGGCGUCGACCACCUCAGAGACCAUCCAGUACAGGAAGGCGGUGAAGGCGACGCUGGUGCUGCUGCCUCUGCUAGGAAUCACUUACAUGCUGUUCUUUGUGAACCCUGGAGGAGAAGACGAGGUCGCUCAGAUCGUCUUCAUCUACUUUAACUCCAUACUGGAGUCCUUCCAGGGUUUCUUCGUUUCAGUUUUCUACUGUUUUCUCAACAGCGAGGUGCGCUCUGCGGUCAGGAAGCGCUGGAUUCGCUGGCAGGACCGUCACUCCUUCCGGAGCCGGGCGGUGCGAGCCACAUCGCUGCCCACCUCACCGAGCAGAGUCUCCUUCCACAGCAUCAAACAGUCCUCCAACCUCUGACCCCUGACAGACCUGAACCAGUCAGUCAAUCAGAGGCUUUAUUCUGUGUUGGGACCUGGUUCAACCAGCAGGUCAGAGGAAGAUCCACUUCCUCCCUCUGUACGAAUGAAGCCAGAAGUGGCAUAGAGGUCCCGCCCACACAGCUGGCCGACCCAAUCAUGAGCAGAACUCAGCUGUCAAUCAUGAUAUGAAACCCCCUUUAAAAGCAUCAGAUAAAUAAAACCAAACUCGUCGGUGAACUCAUCCAAUAACACGGAGGGGGCGGGGUUUAUGACCCGGCCACCAGGGAGCACUCCAUCUUUAUGUACAGGACUGGCCCCGCCCCUCUUCAUGUGCUGACCAAUCACUGGACUUGACCAAGCAGCUGCUUCAGACACAGCGGGCAGCUGGAAUGUGUUCCCCUUCUCUAAUGAAGUUUAUUUAUUUGUUUAUGGAUCCGUGUGUUGUUGAUGAGCUAGAAUUGUCCUGUCACAUUGAUCACCAGCUUUCUCCUGUUUCGCACACACUAAGCAGAUCUCUGAUCAGAACAUUUCAGGACCGGCUGCUCAGAGACUUUAUGGCUGCAAACGUUCCUGAAUACAAACCAGAACACGUCGUCGGCUGAACUCUAUACCGACAUGAGAAGCUAACAGGACUCCAGAGGCGUGAAGCUCCUGUACGCAACAUGAACACACAUCAGUACAGAACCAACACCAACUGGACAUGAGGGGGCGCUACAGCAAGCUGCCAGCGCUGUAGUGAUAAUACUCAGAUCAGGACGCAGGUAUACGGCUCAGAAUAUUCCCCCUCCUCUGGAGUAAUAAUCGGUAUAUUCGCAGUGACCGGUGAGCUUCGACAGACUGCAGGACUGAUAGGUUUUUGUACUUUAAUAUUUGCACUGGAUGUGUACCUACAAGAAUACUUCAGAAAUAUAUUUAUCUUUAUUGUAAAUGUUGUUGCACUCUGCAGAGUUUAUCUUUUAAUGAAAGGUCGGGCCCCGUAGAGGCAGAGAGCAGUUGUGCUCACAGUUACCACAGUAGUGUAGUUAGUACUUGUAGGUAUCGAGGGAAACACUCAGGAUGAAACACAAACUGCUCCUCUUCCUCCCUGAACUUAUCCUCAUCAGCUGGAUAAAUAUCUUAUAUUGAAUUUAUAAUAAUCUCAGAUUCUGAUCGUAUUUAUAAUCUGAGACGUUUCAGUGACACGAGGAGCGCUUGGUUUGUCCACCACAGUAAUGUUUAUCUGAAUAUUGUACCUGUAGCUGGACCUUCUGUAUCUACUGAUGUCUAAUAAAUUUAUAAAUCAUUAA